CCUGCUGCUCAGUCUGGACGAGGGCGGCGCUGGCAUGUGCCCGGCCUGGACCCGGCCUGAGACCAGGGAUUUGAAGCUGGCGCUAGAUUUUCGCCGCGCCUGGGAGUCGGGCAACUUUGUCCGAGCUUUUCGGUUGGUCCGCCAGAUGUCACCGCUGCUGCAGCUGGCGGCUUACCAGCGGAUCGCCGGCCUCAGGCAACGCGCGCUAUCGACGCUGGCGGCGGCGUACGGUGGCGCCGCGCGCACCCUCCCAUCCGCUGUCAUCGCCGGCUGGCUGGGCUACGAUAACACCACUGAUGUGACCGCGGACGUGACGCCGUGGGGCAGCGUGACGUUGGACGGCGGCGUUCGACUCGACCGGAAGCGGGCCUCGGCCGGAGCGACGGUGCCGGAGAGAGCCUGUGUCUACCUAGACACGGUGUUUGGUGACCCGGCGCGCCUCCUGGCCGCGUGCCAGGUCAGCUCUGAGGAGCGGGCGUGA